AUGGCGCCAGUCAGCCAACCCCUGCCGUAUUACCGGACUAGAGGGCCAUAUGGUAUCUGUCCAGAUGAUCAGAUACCUCUAUAUCCACCUGUAACGGCCCCAGAGGCUUCCAAACGGCGCCCCAUAUUGGGCCGACCCCCAGUCUCUUUGACCCCUGUCCCCGCGGAUGAUGAAAUCGCCAAAAGCACUGUCUUCACACAGCUCAUGUCUAACUGGGAUAAACUCACUCAGGAAAACUAUGACGCCGGAGCUUUCGACUACAUUAAAGACUUCAACAGGAUCAUUGCAUCUGAUGAGCCAGGACCUAAUGAAACACUAGACGAAGCCACUCAACGAAAAACUCGAGAUCUGCUGAACAUGGUCCAUUUAAUUAGUCUGUCUAAACCCAUCGUGUGUAGCUAUGAGGAUCAGAAUUAUUGGGAAAGUGUUGCUUCCCCUGAUCAAGAAAACAAGGCACCAUGCUGUCAACAUUUCUUUGCCUUUACUAAACUGCACAAAAAUGUCACCAAAAUCUCAAUGUGUAUAUAA